AUGUCUGGCGACUCACGCGACACAGCCAUUCGCGAUGCGAAACGGUUCGUGCGCGAAGUGGUUCGUGAUGACUGGGAGUUCGAUCCUCAUAGAAGCGCCGAUGCUGCUCGUCCCAUUUCAUCCUCAUCUAUCGAUUCAACCGGCACCCUCUACCAAAAUCGCCAAGUGAUCGAAUGGCGAUGUCGCGAAUUCGACAGUUCCGGCUCCGAGCUCGAACCGCAAUCAUCAGACGAUGAUGAUUCGGAUUCAUCCUUAGGUAGAAGAAUAGCAGAAACGGCGAUUGAGAGGCGGCGCAAACGCCGCCGACAGAUGGACGAGGAGAUGACAUGGAAUGAGGGGUUGCGGAUGUGGAUGGCACAACGGGAUGCAUGGUCUGGAGCUCGGACGAGACGACAAAUACGAGCUCAGGAACAGAAGCGCAAUCUGGAGGAACUGAGGUCUUCAAGUCCAUCUAAUGUCGACAGUGUUGAUUCAGGCGUUGACACCAGUGCGGGGAAACCGCCACCCUCGGACCAAAAAGCUCACAGCGAAACCACAGAGGGGUCUGGAUUGGCAAAUACAAUCGAGAGAUCCCUAUCCAUCUCAGAAAAGGAGAGACUUGAAGAGGAGCAGUCAACCGCUCUCGAUGACGACAAGCGCAAGGAAUCUACCGAGACCGGCAUCACCGAACCUGACGCGCAUACGUCCAAGGAUCCCUCCCGCCUGACGACAUUCCCAGCAAUUGACGAUAGCAACGUGGAGGACACUGAUGAAGAGCUCGAUGAGCCUCUCAUUCCUGUCGCGCCUCCUUUCAUCUCCGCCGACAACCCCAUACGCGCAACCAUCGGUCCCGCCAUCUACCCAUCGAUCUACGCCAAGGUCGUCGUGCAGGGCAUGACGCCUACCAUACCGGUCAAUUUGGCCGACUUGACUAAUGCCAUGGUCCACGGCUGGAAGGCAGACGGGCAAUGGCCACCCAAGCCAGCCGUCACGUCAAUUGUCCUCCAAGACGACGCCUCCGUUCCCAAGACGGUUUCAUCAGAUAACCCAACCCAGACAAGACGAAAGAACAGUAUCACCAAUGCGAUGCGUAAGGUCUUUCACAACCCCUUCCACCGACGCGGAUCCACCGAUGCUGCUUCUGGGCCUGGGACCCCCGGUGCUGUCUAG